AUGUCGCUUCCCAGCGAUGCCGAGAUCACCGAGCAGGUCCGCGUCAUCAUCGAAGAAGCCUUCGACAAUGGCGCCGUAGCCGAGUACUCGAAGCGCACCAUCCGCAACAUGCUCAACGAGCACUUUGGCGUCGACCUCGAGAGCAAGAAAAAGUUCAUCAGCGCUGCCACGCAGGAUCAGGUCAAUCGCAUCACUGCCGAGCGAGAGAAGGCCGCGUCCACGUCGCACUCUCCUUCGCCGGCCAAGGCCUCCAAGGCAUCCGUGCGAGCCUCAUCCACCAAAGCGCGUCCAUCGUCUGCGUCGAGUCCAUCGAAGCCGGCGCCAAAACGCAAGCAUCCGGUCUCGGAAGAUUCGGACGGCGAGGAAGCCGAACCCUCCGCCUCGCGCGAAGCUGGACAAGAUGCGGACUUGAGUGAUACGCAGGUCGAGCUGACCGACUUCAGCGAGCUCGAAGACGAUGCCUCCACCUCUCGCAAGAAGUCCAAGCCGACCAAGAGCAAGGCCUCCUCUGCGACCGCCAAAGCGCCGAAAGGCAAGGCGAAGGCGAGCUCGUCUGGCGGAACCGAAGCAGAGCAGCGUCUUGCGCGCCUGAAGAAGCUCGUGAUCGAGUGCGGAGUACGCAGGCAGUGGAAGAAGCUGUACGAAGCCGCCGACGUGUCCGAGACUGACUUUGCCGGCCAGUGCACUGUGGUCCAGGGCGUGCUGCGCGAGCUCGGCAUGACGGGCAAAGGCUCCGUCGAGCAAGCACGCAAGAUCCGCGAAGAGCGUGAAUUCGCAGACGAGCUCGCCGCCCUCCAGGAAAACACAGUCAUGAGCUCGGACCGGUCCCGACCCACCAGAGCGUCGCGCACCAAGUCGACCGUCGUAGCCAUUAGCGACGACGAAGCCAGCAACGCUUCCGAUGGGAGCGACUUCGAAACCGCCGCUCCAGCUCCACGAAGCUCCAAGAAGACUGCCGCCCGCGAGACAGAAGAUGACGCGGAGGACAGCGACGAUGAGGGCCCCUCACGAAGCAGAUCCUUCAAGUCGUCGCUGGCAAGCUUUGCGGCAGAUCUCAACUCCGACUCUGACUGA